AAUGGAGAAAGAUUUAUUACUCAAAGCAGAUAAGGAAUCCAUGAGUGUUUCAACCAGCAUGGCUUUGAGAUUGCCUUGACCAGGGCAAUGGAGAAUGAAGAAAUGACAGACAGAUGUACUGAGGAGUGGGGAUUGGCUAGGCCAUGCACAGUCCCACAUAUGCUGUUUAUAAGACCAUCCUGUAAGAGGAAAAGAUACAAAUUUUGGACACACUUAGCUCAAGUUCACAAGGCGUUAAAACAAUUAAAAUGGGAAGAAGAGUACAUCUGCGAAUUCUUGUAUCUCAGUUUGUAUCAAAGCUGAAAAUAAUGGAAAGGUCAUUUUGUAUGUGUGCACAGACGCAUUGUAUGUCUUGGUGUGCAUUCAUAUGUACGCCCAUGAAGGCCAGAGGGCAAAACUUGGAUAUCAGUUUCAGGAGUGUUCCAUCUCAGUUUUUGAGACAGGGUCUCUUAUUGGCCUGGAACUCACCAAUUAGACUAGGUUGCUUGGCCACUGGAUCCCAGAAAUCCACUUGGCUCUACUUCCCCAGCACUGGAAUUACAAAUGCACUGCAUUGAGCCUGGCUUUUUGAUGUGGGCUCUGGGGAUUGAACUCAGGUUCUCAUGUUUACAAAGCAAGCAUUUUAACCAGAGAGCCAUCUCACCAGCUUAGAAAGGAUGCUUUGAAAGUAGAUUAAUAUAAGAGUUUUCAUCUAAAAGUAUCUCACUUGUGGGAUCCAAUUAUUUUUGUUGUUGUUAGGGUUUAAUGUUUUUUCUUUACUGUUUGUUUGGUUUCAUUCUUAUCCCAGGCUGACAUGGAAAACACUAGUUUCAAGGUGGCAAUCCUCCUGCCUUGUCCUUCUGAAUGCUGGGUUUACAGAUGUAAGCCAACACAUCCAGUUAAAAUAUGGCAUUACAAGAAUAUGCGAACAUGAUAGGAUUUAUUUACUCUCUUGCUUCUUUGAAAUCACUGGGUAGCCUAGGUUGACCUGAAACUUAAGGUGAUUGUCCUAUUUUAACCUCUUGAGUGCUGGAAUUGCAGGCACAUACCACCAUACCUAAGACAACAGCUUCUGCAGUAACCCUAUCAAUUUAACAAUGAGAGGGCUAAUUUCUAGGACAGGGAUGCUGGGCAAACUCUCUAGUAAGCACAUUUUACUGAAAGCAUCUAUUCCCUCCAUCUUUCAUCCCUUCCUUCCCCUUCAUGUUGUCCUCCCAUCCCUGCCACUCUAGACCUUAUGACAAACCCCUUUCUAGAAUUUGCAACCAGUUUGCAUUUCCAUCCUAACAGACCAGUCUGAUGCCAUUCCUGAGGUUCUGCCCUUUUGUGUUCUGCAGAUCUUAUUUUCUGCUGUAUUCUGGCUGAAGGACUGAGCCCUAAAAGCUUGACAGAAGAAGGCUCUACAUGGAUUUCAUUGGAGAAGCAUGCUGAAACGUACUCUUCAAAAGACUGUGAUCAAAUUAGAAGCUUUGCAGCUAUUUUGAAUUGCUCCCACAUGGGCAAAUUUACUAGGUUGGAAAACAAAUCACCUAACCAUAUUCAUAGCUGAGUACCAAUAAGGUCCAAGUUGUAGUUGAAUUUGAGCGAGUGUUUAAUCUCCCUGACCAGAGAUCCUGAGGCAACUUAGAGUCGAUUUUAGUUUGUCUAUGCAUUCAUUGUAUUAAAUAAAUGUUUUUACCAUUCGUAAGGGGGACAACUCUUCAAAGUAUGACAGUAGCUAAAAUCAAGUGGAUUGAUACAGAAAUGGUAGUGGUUGUUAUGCUUCACAUGUGUUCUUUUCCAUUCAUUUAAUGUUGUGCAUAUUAUCUUUUCUAUGGAAGGGAAAUUUCUCCCUCUCAAGGAACUUUAGCUCACUUUAGCCAAAUUCUACCAAUCCACAGUACUUCCUUUCCCAUGAUGCAUCAGCUCCAUUCCUUUCCCUGGGAAUGGUGGUGUAAUAUCCUGAGGCAACUCGGUUGGAUACUAAGAGUUCUGGUGUAAAUCCUAUACACACAUUUUCAUGCCUUGCUUCUUCUGACACUUACGAACAUCAAGGCCUGACAGGAGUGAUCCUCUGGUUCGAAGACUAGAUCCUGAGGCUAUCCAGGAAAAGACUACAACUCCCAGGAUGCUCAUCCGCCCCGCCCCUGCACCCCUCCCCCAGCUAGAAAGCGAGUAUCACAGAGAAGACGAGGCAACAUGGCUCCCGGAGGUGGAAGGCAGAGGCUUCACCCCCUUUGAAGAGGUGAAGAAGAGCAGCGGAGGGGAACGGGAAAAGAGAAGUGACUACGAUUUGUCAUCGCUUUUAUCUUCCCAGCCUCUUCUGAGUCUGGUCAGCCUCACCUCUGCUCUCCAUCCGCACCCAGUCUGUGGUCUCCUCCCCUCCCCGCCCACGUUCCCUCGCCCCUCCCGCUCUCGAACCCUCUCCCCGCCCCCCUCGCCCCUACCCCCCGCGGAGUGCGCACGCGCCCGCCUCCAGCUUCGCGCGGGGAUCGCCGCCUGGCUCGCUUGCGCAGCCGCUGUUUCUUCUGCCCACGGAGGAAGCAUGGGCGUCCAGGGCUUCCAAGAGUUCCUGGAGAAGCGCUGUCCCGGGGCUGUGGUGCCUGUGGACCUCCUCAAACUCGCGCGCACCGUCUCGCGCCAGCAGCAGCAGCAGCACCUGCACCGCCAGCUGCCGCCAGCAGCCCUAGCGCCAGGGGCUCCACGCAUCGCCAGGGGCUCUGCUCCUCUGCCGCCGCCGCUCCCGCCUGCUGCCUUUGGUGCUUACUCCGGGGGCGCGGGGCCGACUCGGCACCAUCACCCUGCUCACCAUUUCCACCACCAUGGCCAAGCGCCGCCAGGGCUGCAUCCGCCGCCGCCCCCUCCGCUGCCUGGGGCUCGGGUAUUGGUAGACGCGGGCUCCGCGCUGCCGCGGCUCUAUGGUGGCUACCAGACGGAUUGGGUUUGUGGCGGCCAGUGGAAUGCCAUGCUGGGCUACUUGUCAGCGCUGUGCCAGGCUUGUGCCUAUCCGGGCGGAGACGGCCUGGAGCUGGUGGUCAUGUUCCCUGGGGGCCUGGGGAAGGACCGACUGGCGGAGUGGGGCCGUCGGUGCCAGGCGGAGCGGCAGACUGCGCAACUGAUCGUGGGACACGUGGGCAACAAGGGCACCCCUCCACCGCGGGCCUGGUUCCUGCCACCUGCCUGUCUGAGCCACUGCGUGAGGCUAGCACUCAUCCGCUUCCGGGUCAAGGUAUUUGCUCAGUACACUUUUGUCUGUGAAAACUACCAGUUGAGAGACAUUUACUACCCCUCAAGUUCCUGACCCAUUGUUCUCCAAAAGGACUCAGAAACAGAGCAACUUAAAGGAGGUUUAGACUGUGACUCAAGAGAUAAUGUGGUGUGAUGCAGGGGAAUGAAAGCUUUAUUGAAUAGUUAUUGUAAAAGAGCAGAAAGAUAACCACCACAUAAUGUACUCUGCUUCCCAUCUAUGUUUUCAAAGGAAGUUAAAUGGAUCGAUGAAAAGAAACAAAGAUUGAUUGUGUCAGAAAUCAUAUUGGUGGUACAUGACUAACCAGACUGAGACAUCUGACCAGAUGCAGGUGUCAUUUUGUGCUUUCCUCCUUCAGGAAGGAAAUGGCUGAUGUGCCUCCCGAUUGUUUACUAAUCCUGCCAUCCAGACCCUGAAAAGUCCAAAGCUCUUCUAGAUGGGACAUGAUCAUAAGAGUAAUAAUCACUGUCACUUCUUGAGCAUCAAGUUGGGUAUAAAAUGCAUUUUAAACACAGUGUCUUGUUUAAUCCUCACAGAUUUGCAAGUUUUGUAUGCUAUCCUCCCCAUUUUACAGUUAAAGAUGAUUUGGAUUUGUCAUUUUAGUUUUUAAUUACAAGAAAAUGUCAAGCCUUUUCUUUUCAUGAAAAUAAAUAGUAUCUUACAAAAAAAGAACUGAAAGGCAAAGGGGUAAAAUGGAGGUUGGGGAUACAGCUCAGUGUUGAACAAGGAAGAUUAAGUUUACUCCCCAGGAUCAAAGCCAAACCAAAACAACCGAACAAAUAAGAAACAAGAAGUGAUUUAAAAAUACUUUGGUGCUGUGGAUUAGUACCUAUUCACGGUAGGUACAUAUUGUAUCACUGAACCAAAACCCAGGUCCAGUGAUUUUCUUUGGAGGCAGAGUGUGCUCUGGUAAGUGAGAGAUAAAAACCGUUGCUUUUAGAUCUCUAUUGCUUAGUCUUUCUGAAGGAUCCCAUGACAUUUCCUUUUUUUUUUUUUUAACAUUUUUGUGUAAGGUUGUGUACUUUUCUUGACUAAGGACAAAGGAACAGAAUUGUUGAGCAUUGCGUUUGUGCCAGCCGUGCUGAAAUCCACAGUUCUGCCAGUACAAGACAAAUGUGUUAGCUAAUUGCCAAGUGAGUCACACAGUGAUGUUGAGGAAUUCAGAAGUAGCAAUCCCUUUCUAUGCAAAAUAAUUGAGGGUGUGUGUGUGUGUGUGUGUGUGUGUGUGUGUGUAUCUGUGUGUGUGUCUGUGUGUGUGUGUCUGUGUGUGUGCGUCUAUGUCUGUGUCUCUGUCUGUCUGUCUGCCGGUGACACCCGAAAUCACACAUGUAGGUGAGCACACACUUCCCCUGAACUAUAUCCCUGAUCUCAUAAUAAUCUUUAAAAUAUAAACCAGUGUUAUUCGUUUCCCUUAAGCCAUUAUCCUUAGCUAAAGCAUUAUUCUUGAAAAAGACUAUUCUCAUUCCUUAAUCUGUUGCUACUUUAAAGGUUUAUUUUUUAUGUGGGGGUGGGAACUAUGGGUGUAUGCAGGUACAUACAAAAUGGGUGCAUGUGCACCACUCUGAGUGUGGAGGUCAGAGGAUAAAUCCGUUCUCAUCUACCACGUGUAUCCUGGGGAUUGAAUUCAGGUCAGUGGACUUGGCAAGUGCGUUAACCUGCUAAACCCUUCUCCUUCACCUUUUAUUGUCACUUUUAAAAAAUUACAAAAUUUUCUUCCAUUUAUUUAUCUGUAUAUACAAAUACAUUCCAUUUACACCUGUACAUAUGUAUGUGUAUAUGUAUGUGGGCACAAGUGUGCCAUGGUUCAUGUGUGGACAUCAGAGUACAACUUGUGAGAAUCAGUUCUCUCCAUCAUGUAGGGUUCUAGAAGUAGAACUCACAUUGUUAGACCAUGGCCCUCAAAGACUUUUUUAGUUAGCCUAUAUAAUACUGAAUUUCAUUAUAAUCUGUUCAUGUGUAAAAACCAUUGUACUUUUGUCAUAUUUGCCCACAUCAUUACCCUCUUUGUCCCCUACUGUUGCCCUGUCUUCCCAAAAAAUAUUGUUUUCAUGUCAUUUGUAUUUAUAUGUGUAAAUACAUAUGUGCAUACAUACAGCUUUCAUGUCAUAAAUUUUAAAAAUUUGAUCCUAUGUAUGCAAGAAAAUGUGUGGUAUUUGAUUUUCUUCAUUACCUAUGUUUGUUUCCCAUUUCCUGUUAGUCCUCUUCCUCCUCCAAACAUUCCCCUUUCUACUUCCAUGCCUCAUACAUACCUAUAGAUAGUAAAAUAUAAUAUUAAAUAUUUUUAUAUUCAUAACACUCAUACAUUAAAAUUACAUUAAAAUAUAAAAUAUGUGAUAGAAUACAUGUUUGUAUUUUGAGUCUGGCUUAUUUCACUUAAUAUGAUCUUGUAUUACAUGCAUUUUCCUGAAAAUGACAUAAUUUGUUCUUGUCUCUGAGUAAAACUACAUUGUAUGUUCAUGCAUGUGUGUGCACCACACACACACACACACACACACACACACACACACACACACACCCCAACCAUGUUUGUUAUCCAUUCAUUUGUUGAUGAACAUUUAGGAUCACAGCAUAUCUUGGCCUUAAUACUGCUUCAAUAAACAUGUACAGGUGUCCAUGGUAUGCUGCCUUUAAUUACUUAGGAGUGAUAUAGUUGGAUCAUAUAGUAGUUUUAGUUGAUGAUUCUCCAUAUUGAUUUCAAUACUGACUGGGCUAAUUACAUUCCUGCUAGAAGUAUACAAUAAUUCACUUUGUAUGUAUGUGUGUGUGUUGUAGCUCAGGCUGGUCUCAUCCUCUUGUGUAACCAAGGAUAUCCUUGAACUCCCUCUCCCUGACUUUUUUAAAGACAGGAUCUUGCUAUAUAGCUCUGCCUGACCCAAACUCACCAACUCUGCUUCCCUAGUACUGGAAAUCUAAGCGUGUGCACCACCACACUCAGUUUAUUUGGUGCUGGGAAUCAAAUUGAAGACCUUGUGUUUGCUAGGCAAGUGCGCUACCAUUUGAGCUACAUGCCCAGCCUAGGCUUCUUCCCCUCCCCACUGCAUCCUUACUCACCUCCAUGGUGCUGGAAUUAAAGGCAUGCACCACCGUGUCCAAACAAUGUAUAUUUCUACCAAGUUCCUCGGUGGUGAUGGUGGUGGUCAGGGUUACAUUUGUUUUGUUCUGUGUUUGAGACAGGUUGAGCUAUGUAGCCUUUGCUGGCUUGUAACUUGGUAUGUAUUGUAGACCUUGAACUCAGAGAUCUCCCUACUGAGGCCUUAAGUGCUUGGGUUAAGGGAAUGUGCCACCACACCCAGCUUUGCAUCCUUAUACAUAGCCUUUAUUAUUUGUUUUCUUUGUGAUAGCCAUUCUGAAUAGAGUGGGAUGCAGUCUCAGUGUAGUUUUCAUGACAGCCAAGCGUGAUGAUCGUUUUCCAAACAUUUAUUGGCUGUUUGUAAUUUUUAGAAAUAUCUAGUCAAUAGCCAAUUGCUUAUGGCUUAGAUAAUGGGGAAGAGGCUAAUUUUUAUUUUAUUUUUCUACUUUUAUAGUAUACUCUUGGUAUUAAUUCCCUAUCAGAGACAUAUCUCCAGAGUUCAUCUAUUCUGCAGGCUGACUCUUCUCUGUUGUUCCCUUCUUGUUCAGGAACAUUAAUUCUGUGCAAUGUCAUCUGGCAGCACUCUCUAUCCCUUCAUAAAUAUUGGAGCCUUUGAGAAAGCCCUGGCAUACACUUAUCUCUUGAAGGCUUUUCCCUGUGUUUCUCUCCCCCUGUGGCAGUUUUAGAGUGUUGGGUCUUGAGUUCUUUGAUCAUUUUGAGCUACUUUUUGUGCAGGGUGAAAGAUGGGGAUCUAAUUUCAUUCUUCUAUUGGUGGCUAUGCAGUUUUCCCACCAUUUUUUUUUGAUGAAUGUUUGUAGUACCUUGUUAAGAAUCAAGAGCUUGUAGCUGUGUGAGAUUUAUUCCAUUCUAGUAGUCUGUGUAUCUGGUUUUGUGCCCAAAAUAUGCAGUAUUUGUUAUUCUGUCUCUGUAGUAGAACAUGAAGUCAGGUAAAGUGGUACUUCUAGCAUUACUUUUACUGAUCAGGAUUGCUUUGACUGUUCCUGGUCUUCAUUGGUCUAUAUUCAUUUUAGAUAUUUUUCCUAUAUCUAUGAAGGAUGCCUUUGGAAUUUUUCAUAGGGACUACAUUAGAUCAGAUCCAUAGAUUGCUUUCAGAAGUAGGCCAUUUUCACAUUACACACACACACACACACACACACACACACACACACACACACACACACACCAUUUGUUUACUUUCAUUUUGUUUCUAUGCGGGUUGGUGUAUAUGUGCCAGGGCAUGUGUGUGGAGGUCAGAGAACAACUACAACUUAUGAAGUCAGUUCUCUCCUACUGUGUGAAUCCUAGGAAUCAAACUCAAGUUAAGCAGCCAUUUUGCUGACUUAAAGAUUAGUUUUUAUAGUGUGUGUGUGUGUGUGUGUGUGUGUGUGUGUGUGUGUGUGUGUGUGCCACAGAACAUAUUGUAAGAGUCAGUUGUCUUCUUCCACCAUUUGGGUCAUAGGGAUGACUGCAGGCUUGGCAGGACAUUCUAGUCCACAGCUCAGUGGCACACAAUUCUAUCAUGUGAGUCAUUUUGUAGGCCCAGUUGUCAUAGUCUUGAUACUGUCAAUCCAUGAGCAUGAGUGUUCUGUCCAUCUUCUAGUGUCUUCAAUUUCUUCAGCAUUCUAAACUUUAGAGAUCUUUUACCUCCUUGCUUAGAUUUAUUCCUAGGUGUUUUUAAGGGCUAUUGAGAAUAAGAUUUGUCUAUUUUUUUCUGGAGUUCUUCCUCAAAAUGUUCAUUAAUACACAGAAACAGUACUGAUUUGUAUAUGUAGAUUUUUUUUAUCUUUCUACUUUAGUGAAAGCUUACGGUGGUAUCUUUAAUGUUUGCAAAUAGAGAUAGUUUGACUUCCUUUUAUAAUUGCUCUUUUCUUUUGCCUUUGCUGUGACUAAGACUUGAAAUGUUCUGGAUAAGGGCAGAAAUAGUGGGAACACCAUUGUCUAGUUCCUGAUAUUAAAAUGAAUACUUUAAAAUUCCCCCAUUUGUUAUAAUUUUGGUAUAGAUUUUUUUUAAUUUUUAAAAUUAUUUUGUCUCCCCUUUGCCUCUAAGAUGGUGCUCCCCUCCCCACUCACCUACCCACUCCCACCUCACUGCUCUAGUAUCUUCCUUCUCUGGGGAAUUGAGCUUUCACAGGACCAAACACCUCCCCUUCCACUGAUGCCAGAUAAGGCCAUCCUCUGCUACAUAUGCAGCUGGAGCCAUGGGUCUUUCCAUGUGUAUUCUUUGGUUGGUGGUUUAGUCCCUGGGAGCUCUGGGGGGUCUGGUUAGUUGAUAUUGUUGUUCUUCCUAUGAGGAUGAAAUCCCCUUCAGUUCCUUCAGCCCUUCUCCUAACUCUUCCAUUAAUGUCUCCCGGCUCAGUCCAAGUGCUGACAGAACCGCUCAGAGGACAGCCAUACCAGGCUCUUGUCUGCAAGCACAUCUUGGCAUUUUUAUAUGGAGCUUUAGUUCCUUCUGUUUCUAGUUUCUUCAGUUUUUUUUUAAAAUCAUGAAAUGAUGUUGCCUUUUCUGUGUCUCUAUGAUGACCACGAGACUUAUAUCCUUGACUUUGUUUAUGUGCUAUAUUACAUUUAUUGAUUUGUAUCUGUUAUACCAUUCUUGUAUCCCUGGAAUGAAACCAAGUUGACAGUAGUAUCUUUUUUUGGUGUGAGGUGUGGAGGUUAAGACAGGGUCUUAAUUUGUAGCCCUGGUUGUCCUGGAACUCACUAUGUAGACCUGUCUGGCCUCAAACUCACAGAGAUCCAUCUGCUUCUGCCUCCCAAGUGCUGGGAUUAAAGGUGUGUACCACUGUGCUCAGCUACAGUGGUAUCUUUUAAAUGUGUUGUUGAAUUUAGAUUGCAAGUAUUUUGUUGACAAUUUUUGCAUUGGUGAUGUGGUGGUGCAUGACUUUAAUCCCAGCAGAGGCGGGUGGAACUAUGUGAGUUGGAGACCAGCCUGGCCUCUAUAGCAAGUUCCAGGUCAGCCACAACUGUUACAGCUCUGUCUCAGAAAACAAAACAGACAAAACAAAAACAAAAAAGAAAAUAUUUUGCAUGUGUGUUCAUGAAGGACUUGUGUGUAUAGUUUCUUUUUUGUUUUGUCUUUAUAUGGUUUUGACACCAGAAAUACUGCCUUCAUAGAAUGAAUUUCUUACUGAUCUUUGAAAUUUUAGUUUGGAGAUCUCCAGUGUUAAUAUUUUCUUAAAAGUCUGGCAGAGGGGCUGGAGAGAUGGCUCGGAGAUUGAGAGUACUGACUGUUUUUUCUUUCAGAGGUCCUGAGUUCAAGUCUCUGUAAUCACAACCAUCUAUAAUGAGGUCUGGCGCCCUCUUCUGGCAUAUAGGCAUAUAUGCAGGCAGAAUACUGUGUACAUAAUAAAUAAAUCUUCAAACAAACAAACCAAGUCUGACCGAAUUGGUCUGUAAACUUGUCCAGUUUUGGUUUUUUAGGAUGGGAGACUCUGUUACUGCUUCAGUUUUGUUGCUUUUUAUAGAUCUGUCAAGAUUAUUUACGUCUUCUCCAUUUAAUUUUGAUAUGUCACAUGACUUAGAAGUUUAAUUUAGCUUUUUGAUUUAACAUAGAUACAUUUAUUUAUAUGAUUAUUUAUUGUGUGUGUCUGGAUGCAGAUGUGCCAUAGUGCACAUGUAGAGCUCAGAGACCUGACCCACCUUUGGUAUGUUCCCAAGGUUAUAUUUAUUUAUUUCAUUCUAGGUUUUCAAACUUACUUCCUCGGUAAUUUCUUCCAUGAUCCAGUUAUCACCCAAAAGUGUGUUAAGUCAGGUAUUAGAUGUCUGUAAUUGCAGCAGUUGAGAGGUUGGACUUAGAUGGUUACCCUUAAGGUAAGGCCUGCCUAGGUAUAUAGCACAUGCUAGGAUAACAUGACUCUCAAUAUACAAAGUAAAAGAAUGUGUUAUUUAAUCUCCAUGCAUUUGUAUAAUUUCUGUUCUCUCUUUUGCUGUCAGUGUCUAGUUUUGUUAAGAUAUAACAGAUUAGGGGCUGGGGAUUUAGCUCAGUGGUAGAGCGCUUACCUAGGAAGCGCAAGGCCCUGGGUUCGGUCCCCAGCUCCGAAAAAAAGAACCAAAAAAAAAAAAAAGAUAUAACAGAUUAUCUAGAUUCUUUUGUAUUUGUUAAAGACUUGCUUUAUGAGACAGGGUUUCUCUGUGUAAGCCCUGGCUGUCCCAGACCUCUCUCUGUGUAGACCAGGCUGGCCUUGAAUUCACAGAGAUCCACCUUCCUCUGCCUCCAGAAUGCUGGGACUAAAGUCAUGGGCCACUACCGCCCAGUCGCUUAUGGUUAAAUUUGUGUCCCUUUUUAAGGAGCAGCUGUCCCUUGCAUGCUCUGUCUUCAGUACCACUCAGAAAGGAGAAAAGAAACUGCUAUAAUAGUAACAGUGCCAGGCAAAAAUACACUUCCAAACCUGGUGAUCCUGACAACCAGAGCUCAAUCCCAGGACCCACAUAGUGAGAGAAUGGACUCCAGUACUCCCACAGUCUGUCCUCUGACCUCCACACACAUAUAGAAUGCAUGUACACACAAACACACAUACCCAGACCCCUACACACAUACACACACUAAUAAUAAAUAAUUUAACAUACACUUAAGGUUGAUUAAAGCCAUCUCACAUACAAGCAGUGACCAUAACACAAAAGUCCAGAAAUAAUGUACAGUUUGGUAUGAAGUUAAAAAUUAAUAGAGAUGGCUCAGAGGCCUGAGUUCAAGUCCCAGCAACCACAUGUUGGCUCACAACCAUUUGUAAUGGGAUCUGAUGCCCUCUUCUGGUGUGUCUGAAGACAGCUACAGUAUACUCACAUACAUAAAUAAGUAAACCUUUAUAAAAAUUUUAAUAGCAUCAAAGUAAAAAAAGCAAUGGUUAAGGAGUAGCACACUCAAAAGACAAAGCAAGGUUAUACACCAUAAAGGAAAAGCAAGACAGAAGAAUAUUAGGUAGAAAAAAAACAGGCAAUUAAAACAACCUUGUUAUAAAAUGAAGAAAAUAAUAGAAGUAAAAACAUUUAAAAAUGAAAUAAAGUAGUAAUACUAAUCAUGUAAAAAGAGAAAGGGAAAAAACAAGCAAAAAUGAAAAAAUAAACCCUUUUUUAAGAUGAAAAUAUAUUAGAGUGAUGUGUUUCUGAGUACAGCUAUAGUUAGUAGUAUUAGAAUCUGCCCAUUGGAGGACAUGGUCAAUUUGAAUCUUUCAUCUUACCUUCAGGGUGCUAAUGAUUCUGGACAGAUGAAGGUUUUAACAUUCAGUAGAGCUUUCCUCUUGGAGCCUCUGCUGGCCACACUUAGCUUUACAGCCUGUGACCUACGCAGGUUCUCACUUGUUCCAAAGACUAUAUUCUUGGCUGGCUAACAUUCAAGUGAGAGGUCUGUCUCUUCUGAGUAGUUUGUAGAGUUGGAGAAGCUACCAGAGUGCUGAGAUCUAGAAUGGAGGUAGACCUGACCUUCAGACUUCGCCGUGUCACCAGCAGUAAACCAGGAAACAGAGUUGUCCCCAGAAGGUCGUCUACUAAUGUAGGCAUGGUCUCUGCUGUUUUUCUCAGAUAAUUGUUUUUGUGUCUUCCCACAGAGGGCAGGGCCAACAUACAGUGUGCCUUUCACACCGUAAGCCUCCAGUCACCCGAACAACCUAGCUGGCCUAUCUCAGCUGUGCCCACCACUCCUGCUUGUAGCAGUAUCCUACUCUGGAUUUGUCUGGCUCCCUUACUUGUAACUAUUUGUGUUCAGAGUUUUAGAAUAGCUUAGUCUCAAACAACAGGUUCUCUUUCAAGAUGGUACAGACUCUGGCCUUUGUAGUCAGUGACAAAAUGUUUUUUUUCCACAGAGGUCACAGCCAUACCAAAUUCUCCAACUGGAUCUGAGGCUUAUGUUAAUAGAGUAGUCUUGUCUAUGGCUUGGUUGCCAGUUUCUUUUUCUUCUGGUAUACCUGGCUCACCCUUGGGUGAGGCUUCUAAUUCUUCUCCCCUGGCUUUGGACUUAGAGCUUGAGUCAAGUCUUCUAUACUGCUUCCCACCUCUUAGUCUCUCUGUCAAGGGCUCUUACUAUCUCCUCUGUGUGCUUUAUGGUAGCCUUCUACUCUUUCUGUCAUUGGGAUAGUCUAUCCUUUGUAACCUUGAUUCUCAUUUAGAGUGUUACAUGGGAACAGUGUCUAAUCUGCAGUUUUUCCGCCAAGAUUUCUUUAGGAAAAAAAAUGGCUAGUAAGCCAGUCACCAGUAGCUAGGCUGGUCUCAAACUUGUGAUUUUCCAGCCACAACAUCCUGAUUGCUAGGAUUAUAGGCAUGUCCCUUCAUACAUGGUCUCAACUUGGUACAUUUCUGAGCAAGUGCUACAGAGGUGGCUCAACAAUUUGGCUGCUCCUCCAGAGGACAAGGUUCUUUUAUUAGCACCCAGGGCAGCUCACAACCACUUGUAAGUUCAGGGGUUCUGAUGCACUCUUCUGUAGCAUGUAGUUUUUGCUAUCCCACACUGGGCAGACCAUGCAACCAGCCUCUCCCAGGUUCCUUCAAAUCUACAGAUGAAACACACAUGAGUGCGUGCGCACACGCAUACCCCCCCAAACUUAAUUUUUAGCCUGUUUUAUGGCUUAAUUGCUGGGUGUUUUUAUUCUCCCAUGGCUAGCAUGCCCUUCCCAAUACUCUUAGCUCAGCACUCUAAAUCUGCCCUCAACUUUGUUUCUCAGUUACCUUCUUGUUCAGCAACCCAGAACUGCCCUCAGCUUUAGUUGCUUUUCUAACCUCCAGCCUGGGGAAAUGGCCUAUGGCCAUUCCACCUGAGAUUUCACAUGGCUGGUCUUUUUUCUCCCUUUGAAGCAUGGUGAAAAUUCUCCUCUUUCCCACUGUAUCUGAUAGCUUACCUGUAGGGACCAGAUGUACCGCCUAUUCCGCAAAGCUCAUCAGCCUCCAGCAUCUUUAUUGAUCAGAACCAACCCCUAUACUCUUCUGGCCUCCGAAGGGCACCAGGCACAUACCUGCCAUACACAUGUAUGCAGGCAAAACAGCCAUAUUUAUAAAUAAAAAAAAUAUUAUCUAAAAAAGUCCUUAUGAACUCUUAUCCAGCUAAGGUGAAUGACAACUUCUCAUACUACCUGAGUACUGGUAGUUCUGAACUCACAGAGAUCUGCCUGCCUUUGCCUCCUGAGCACUGAAUUCUCUUUUAAAUUAGUUCUAAAAGAGCAGGAAUUUGUUUUAGAACUUAACAUACUAUAUACAAGAAUUUAGAAACACUGUUACGUCUUAAUUCUAGGUUAAUCAACUCAGAUUCCAAACUGUAUUAUCAAAUUCAUGUUUGUGACACUGAAGUUUUGCUCACUGUAUAUAGCAAUGUAUUUACAGUAUAUAAUUCUAUUUGAUAAAAAUAAUAAUAGCUAUUACAUGGGCUGGGUACCAAGCAUAUAGCUCAUUUAGUUCUCAGAAUCCUCAUGUUCAUAGAUAAGUUAAAAUGGUCUCGGCAUAGUUAUUGGCCUCUUUUUACUGCUAUAACAUGAAUGGGCUAAGAUGUAGCCCUUCUAACUGACAUCAGAGAUUUUAUCUCAAAAGUAUAGAUGAAUUUUAUGGCUUUGUUUUACUUACUUUAGGAUACUUUUUCUUCUAUUUAGUUCAUGUAAAAUAAUGUGUAACAGCAUUGAUUUUGAAUCAUACAAUUUAUUCUUUUUUCUACUAGCCACGUCUGGAAGACGAGAAUAGCAAUAAAAACCAUACCACAGACUUUGAGUGUUCAACUAUUUAAUAUAAUAAAGUACCAGAUUAUUAUAAAUACAUAUAAAUACCAUCUACUGUUACUUUAAGCAAAAUAACUUAUGUGCCAAGUUGAUGUAACAUAUAUCACCUCAUACUUAGUUUAUUAUGAUUAGAAUAUUUUUAUUUUAUUUUUGAGACAGGUUCUUACUGUGUAGCCUUGGCUGUCCUGGAACUCACUCUGUAGACCAGGCUGGCCUUGAGCUCACAGAGAUCCACGUGCCUCUGCCUACUGAAUGCUGGGAUUAAGGACAUGCACCACCUCUCUGGCUGAUUGUGACUGUAAGUUAUUAAUUGUGUAUGUAUGGUAGGGUACUCAUGUUCCAUGACUUGCAUAUGGAGGUCAGAGGACAACUUUUGGGAAUUUAUUCUGUCCUUCCACCAUGGAAUCCAGGAAUCAAACAGGCUACCAGCCUUGUAUGGGAAGUAAUUUUUUUCUGCUGAGCCAUCUCAAAAUCACUUCACUCUUAGGUUUUACUUUUAGUAUGGCUUGGUAUGCAGGGUUUUUAUGAUAUGUCUAUUAUUCAUUCUCUAGCUUCAUAUUCUAUUUUUCUUAGGAUUCUAAAACCUUUUCAGUUUAUUUAGUAGUUUUGAGUACCUACUUUGUGCCAGAUGACUUGUGCUAAAUAAUCUGAACAGUGGAAUUCAUUAAUUCCAUCAAUAUUUAUUAGUCAAGUUGAUAAUACAAAAAAAAACAAAAAUAAAACAAAAACAAAACCCCAAAACAGUAUGAUUCCUAAGGACACUUUUUUUCUGGCCCUUUUUAUAAGCCUAGGGUCAUGGUCAGCAGAAGUGGCAAAACCAAGAUACACAUACCAUACUUAAAGCCUAGUACAAAGCUUAAGGUAGAGCUUGCUAACUGGUAGCCCAUAGGUAGGUUACGUGUGCAGAUGGUUUUGCAUUAUCCAUACCUUUGUUUGACUAUCAUAUUUACAUUGGGAUUCAUAACAGUAGCAAAAUUACCAUCAUGAAGUCUUAACCUUUUGGAGGUAUAGGGGGAGAAUGAACAUAGUUUUCUCUGAUCAAGUUAAGUGUUCUUUAGGGUUUGAAAUCAAGUAAUGUGUUUGGACUAAAUAGUAAGGAAUCUACUUGAAUGAUUCUGAUUUUGUACCGUCAUUUAUAUGAACACAUUAUUUUUUCAGGAAAUUGAAAUUUGUCAUCAACAUCUAACAAUUAUGAAAUGUUGCCCAAAAAAGUUAGACAUUUCAAUUAUUGUUGUCAACAUAUCAGAUCUUCUAGCACGUUUUUCAAUCUUCCUAACACUGUGACCCUUUAAUACAGGUCCUCACAGUGUGGUGGCCCCCAACCAUAAAAUUAUUUCAUUCUACUUCAUAAUCACAAUUUUACUACUGUUAUAACUCAUAAUGCAAAUAUCUGCUAUGCAGAAUAUCUGAUAUGUGGCCCUCAAGGUGGUUGUGACCCACAGGUUGAAGCAAUAUCCUUUUGGUCAGCUACAAGGCAUUCAUUUAAUGCAUCUCUAUCACUCCAUGGUGUCUUCUUGGUAUAGUGAUAUAAAGGGCUUGCUACUCAUCAUUAAUGAAAUCAUCUAUUGACUCUCAGUGAUCACCUUCUGAUAUUUAUAACUUUAUAACUAUGUAUCUCUUCCCACCUUGGAUGUUGGCUGGAUCUAGUUACUUGUUUCUAAUGAGCAGACUAUAACAAACCCAUGAAAUGUUUCCAAGCCCUAAUAAAAUUUGAUUAUAAAAUGCUACAACCUCUGUCUUCUCCUUCCCCUUCCUCCCUGCCUCCUCCCCUCAUUGUUUGAGUAUUCUGAUGAAGCAAGCUGCCGUGUGAACAUGUGUGCCCUGUGGUGAGGCUCACAUGAUAACCAACAUGGGGCAGCCUGCAGCAUCACCAAGUGAGGAACAGCAGCCUUCAGCCCAACAGUCUGCAAGAAGCUGGAUCCUGCCAACACUUUGGGUAUGGUCUUAGAAGUGGAUACUUUCCAUUAAGCCUUGAUGACUUGGAUGGUAGCCUGACAAUGCAGAUGCUAUUGAAAUAAUAAAUGUUAUUUGAAGCCACUGAGUUUUGGGGUUAAUUUGUCACACAGAUAAUUCCAUUAUUAGUUAUUGUGUUUAUACUUUUACAAUAAUAGUGUUGAUGACUGAAAUAGUAUACUCACAUUAAUGUAAAGUAAAAAAGGUUAUGCAAGAAGAAUCACAUACUUAGGAUAUGUUGAUAUAUCUUCAUGGCAUAGUAUUUGUUAGCUUGUGCAAAGCACUUGGGUUCUGCCUUCAGAAUUAGAAAAUUAAGUAAGUAGAACUGAACGUGGUGGCUUACAUCUAUUUGCAUUCCCACCACUUGGGACUCUGAAAUAAGAGGACUGCUGUGAAUUUGAGGCCUGCCUGGGCUAUGGUGUGACACCUGUCUCAAUAAACCGAAAAGCACAAAAAGUAAAGCUCAGUAAAGCACAAAAAGAAGAUCAUACACUUAAAAUAAGAAAACUGAUAUUUUGUGUGUGAAACGGAUCAAUUUUCCCAUGUAUAUAAAUAAAAUGUGGCUGCUGAAAGACUACAUACAAUUUAAGAUAUCAUUUAAAAAUAAACCACUGUAAGAGGUACGACCAGUGUCACAAAGCACUUCAAAACUGGCUUGGAAUUAAAAUGUCUGCGUUUUUAAUACAGACAGGAUUAAGUGAUGCAUCCAUAAAAUGCAGUGAUUUAUUAAGUGAAAAUACCUAGAAACCUAUAGGCAGUGGUUUUAUUAAAUAAUUUCUGUUGAGUACAGUAGACAUUAUACCAUAAACAAGCACUUGUGAAGAUAGAAAGCUACUGUUGUUUAGUAUGUUAAAGAUGAUGGUUGAACAAUUAUGGGAUAAAUAGUGCUCAGAUGUUCAGUUAUUUGUGAAGCUUUACAAAACGACACAGAAGAUAAUAAAUACUGCCCACAGAGCUACAGACUUAGCUUCAUGUUAACUAGUGAAUCGUGGACUGUGGUCUGGACCUACAGCCGUGCACCAUCUGGACUCUUAUUAGGCAAAAUUUCAGGCACCAAGACUAGGGCAGCUUCUGACCCAGCAAGUAGUGAAGACCUGAGACCCUCUGUCCACUAACCUGUAAGGAACUGGAUUCUACUAAGGACCUCAAGAAUGUAGCUGAAGCUAGACUUACUGAGUCAGAAAAGAAAGGCGAGGCUCAUGAUUUAUUCUGUUUUAGCCAGGGAUCCAGCUGAUGAAGAUUCAUGCUAUAUUUGAGUUGUAUUUAGAAACAACCAAUGUGUUAAGAACUUUGAUAUACUGGGUGAUCAUGGUGCACUCCUUUAAUCCCAGCACUCUGGAGAGGCAGGUAGAUCUGAGUUCGAGGCCAGCGUGGUCAACACUGAAUUCCUUGACAGCCAAAGCUACACAGAGAAACCCUGUCUUGAAAACAAACAAAACAAAAAGAACAAUAAAGAAUUUUGAUGUAAAAUCAGCUGUGGUGGCAUGUGCUUGUAAUCUCAGCAUUGAUGGAUGAAGGCAGGAGGAGUUGGCAAUUUGAAGGUAACCUGGGCUAAACAGCAAGGACUGAGUCAUUCAGAGCUACAUAGUGAAAGCCUGUGCCAUGAGAUCAAACGAGAAGUAUGGAAAGGGGGAAGGAAAGGAAGCAAGAAAAUUGCAGCCUGUCACUUAAAUCUACAAAUACCUGAAUUUUAUGAGUUGGAAGAACCCGUUAAGUGUGGCAGUGCAUGCCUUUAAUCCUGGCACUAAGGAUACAGGAGCAGGGGAAACAAACGUGCUCCCAUGAGACUGGAGUUAACUGAUGGUUGUGAGCUAUCUGGAGAGAGCUGGGGCUAAAACCUAGGUCCUCUACGAGAGCAGUGGUCUUAACUGUUGAGCCAUCUCUAGCCCUUGUACCUCAUGUUAUAAAAAACAUCAAGAUCCAAACACUUCUUAGCAGUUAAGAGCACCAGCUUCUCAGUCUAAGGACAGUGUCUUUUGUUUUUAAAUGUAACGAUUGCAAUUGUCUGGGUUUAUGUUGUUGGUUUACUUUUUUGAGACAGGGUCUCACUAUUCCGACUUUCCUGGAAUUCACUUUGUAGACCAGGCUAGCCUGGUACACCCAGAGAUCCAUCUACCUACCUCUGCCUCCCAAAUGCUGGGAUUAAAAGUAUGUGCCACUAUAUCAGCUUUUUAGGUUUUUGUUUUCUUCCUUCCUUCCUCCCUCCCUCCCUUCCUUCUUUCUUUUUUCUGAGACAAGGUGUCACUGUAGACCAGACUGUUGAACUCACAGGUCUAUCUGACUGUUUCCUGAAUGCUCAGAUUAAAUACAUGCACCACCAAGCCUGGCAAUUGUUUUUUUUUAACAUUAUUAUCACUGUGUGUGUUUAUAUGAGUGUAUGUGUACAUGUGUGUGCAGGUUCCUAUGGAAGGCAAAAGAAGACACUGAACCCUUGCUGCUGGAGUUACAGGCAAUUUUGAGCCACUUGAAAUGAGUUCAGGGAUUUGAACUCUGUUCCUCAAGACUGAGCAGCAAGCACUCUUAGCUGUGAGCCAUCUCUCCUGCCCCAGUUCUCUUUUUUUUUAAACAAAUGUUCACUUUUGAUUUAAGUAAAUGUAUAUUUUGUCUGCAUGUAUGUACACUACAUGUGAACCUUCUGUUCAAGUAGGCCAGAAGAGGUCAUUGGACCUCCUAGAACUGAAGUUAUGGAAAGCUAUAAACUACCAUGUGGGUGCUGCCAAUGAAACUCAAGUCCUCUGCAAGACCAACAGGUGCCCUAAACCACUGAGCAGUCUUCCCCACCCUCACUUGUCUGUUUUUAAGUUCAAGCGUUUAACCUGUGAACCCCAGUUUAACCUGUAAACCCCAAUGUUUGUUGCUCUGUAUAUUGUUAACACCCGGAAAACACAAAGUUUACAAAUUAUAUUUCUGGAAAUGGACUUUUUUUUACUCAAUUUCAUGUUAGCUGGCUGCCUGCUGUAGGCAUUUACAGCCCCUAGUUCAAGACCAGUGGUUUUCAACCUUCCCAAAUGCUGUGACCCUUUAAUAUAGUUCCUCGUGUUGUGGUGACCCCCAACCAUAAAAUUGUUAUUGUUGCUACUUCAUAAUUGUAAUUUUGCUAUGGUUAUGAAUCAUCAGGUAAAUAUCUAAUAUGUAGGACAUCUGAUAUGUGUCCCCCAUGAAAAGGUUGUUCAAUCCUAAAGGAUCAUGACCUAUAGGUUGAGAACCACUGCCUUAGAACCUCUUAUUUCAACUCCCCCUUCCCAUUAUGUGUAUUGAAUCCUUCCUCCAAGAUGGAAGGUUUUAAUCUUGGAAGAAAACAUUACACGAGGUCAUAAAAUACUAUGAUCUUUGGUGUGAAGUUACUUUAUUUUUUUUUAAAGAUUUAUUUAUUUACUACAUGUAAGUACACUGUAGCUGUCUUCAGACACACCAGAAGAGGGCAUCAGAUUCUGUUACAGAUGGUUGUGAGCCACCAUGUGGUUGCUGGGAUUUGAACUCAGGACCUCUGGAAGAGCAGUCAGUGCUCUUAACCACUGAGCCAUCUCUCCAGCCACCGUGAAGUUACUUUAAAUAAUUUACUACACUGUUUUCCUAGUCCUGUCUGAGGAUACAAAUGGCUGUAAUAAUUAUGCCAUGGACAGGCUCACAGCCUAGUUAUACUUUAUGGCUUGGUGUUUAUUAUAUUGAUCAAAAAAAUGGAUGUUUCCCAGUUGCUUGUAUUAGAUAAUAUACUUGAUAUGAAAGAAAAUAUUUUUAAAAUAAGAAUUCAAGUUCUACCCUAGAACUAGCUAUGUGAUUUAGGCCAAGUUAAUAAAAAAUUUCAAGCUUCUGUUUCUCCAUUUAAGAAAAGGAAGGGGGAUUAAUGACAUAACAUUAAUUUCAACAGGAUUAGAAGGUUAAACAUGAUGACCCUUUCACUAUAUAGCCCAGGCUGACCUUGAGCUCACUAUGAAUCCUCAAACUUGGGGCAUUCCUUAGCCUUUUGCGUGCUGGGCUUACAGGCUACUGUGCCCACCUAAAAUAUGUCUUAAAUUGUGGAGUCUAGAGUCCCUCUUCAAUCUCAGUCUCAAUAAUAUCAGCCCUACGAGAGCAGAGAUUUUGGUUUGAUGCAGUAUCUACCAAAUGUAGGUCCAUUCUGGAUGCAGUAAAUUCUGGGCUUGACCCAAGUUCUUGAAGCUUAAGUACAAUAAUGAAACAUGUUUCACUAGAUUAUCAAAGUUUGGAGUAAGUAAUCACUUUAGAAAGUCUUUAGUGAAGUUAAUGAGAGCAGCAGGCUCAUGGGUACAUACCCGUUGGUUUCUCUGCUUUUCCAUGGGUUAGAGAAGAACUGCAGACACCUUUGAAAUUCCUUUUAGAAACCACAUUCAAAAUCUGUAGCCAUCUGUCCCAUAGCAUUGUAUGGUACAUCCCUUACUCUUGGAUGGAUAAGGAUCUUGGAGGAAAGGCAAAACAAAAACAUUUUUAAACACCUAUACCUUCAUGCCCAACACAAAACAGAAUCUACUAUCUUAGAAUUCCUUCUCAUUGACAGUGAAACUCUUUGUGAUAGCAGGUAAGGUCAUUAAUCCUGCAUGCCAGUAUUUUGUCACUGUUUUGAAACAUUUCCAUGGUGUGUUCCUUGAUCGUGGGUAGAACAACUUUUCUACCAAACCCACAAAACAUGCAUUCAGUCUAAAGCACUCUUACUUGCGACUGUGUUGCUAUCCCACUUGGCAUCUUACUCAUCAUUUGCUUAGUCCUCAUCUUCUAGAUCAACCAUUGCAACCAUUGAUGCUAACAUCUGAGGAAUCAUAUGUGACAAUAUUAGUGUGCUUUCGUCUUUUUUUACAACCCCACUCCCUCCUAUUCUCCCCCUCCCUUUUUAUUCAUUUGUUUGUUCAUUCAUGGAAUCUCAUUGUGUAGCCCUGGCUGCCCUGGAACUCACUGUGUAGACCAACCUGGCAUUGAAGUCACAAAAAUCUUCCUGUUUCAACUUUCUGGGACCACCGUGCUGGUCCUCACCUCCUUAAUGUAGCAGCUGAAGUGUCAAGAGAGGGUCUUGACCGUUCCAAGGGCAGGUUGGUACUGCCUAGUGUCUUUGCAUGUUAGAUUUAGCUGUAGAAUUGCUUCCAGGUGAGCGACUGCAGAUACCUGAAAAGCAGAAUCCGCAAUCUCCUUGAGGGAUUUUAGGAUCAGAUCACUAUUCUGGUAGCAUGAAUCAUUAAAUCUUCAAAAGUUUUGAACAUCAUGAUCAUUUACAAGUAUAAAUGGAGAUGUAGCUCUAUUGUGAAGUAACUACAGAGCACCCCCCCCCACACACACAAUGACACUCUUAAAGCCAAAUAGAAGGUCUGUACUGCUGGCCAGUGGCUGCAUGGGGAAUUUGUCCAAACCAUGCAGCUCUAACUUCAUGGUCCUUUGUCUUUUACUCACAAAAAAAAAAAAAAACCCACAUCCUGGUUGAUAAACUUUGAUUAGUAAGAACAGUAGCAAGAAGCAAAACUACAGAAGCCAAAAUUCAAGGUUAAUACAUUUAGGGACUUCCUAGUUCCUAGAACUAUAGACUGGGUCAUUGUUCCCAUUUUGGCAGGUGAUGGGGUCUUCAUGCUGGAUUCUGAGAUCAGAAUGGUGCCUCUAAAAUGGCAUAAGUUGUGCCAAUGUCUCAGAACCUGUUACAGGUCUAGCAGAUAAUGUUCUGGUCUUCCGUACAGUAAACUAAUAUUCGUUUAAUGAUGACUGAAUAGUGCUAUUGCUCAUUUUUAUAAAUUUCAGAAAGGUUCCCAAACACAUGAAGCACAGCUUCUCCCAUGCCCAUGUUUUAAGAACUAAAUGAAUGAGUGAAAAAGGAACUUCAAACCUCUGGGCCACUAUUUGUUGCCAACCUCAUCUAUUAAAUUCAUGGUGAAUUCAACAGCAUUUCAAGGCCGAGAGAGCCUCUCAGGUAGUUGCUGCUAUGUAACCUCCAUUGGUCAGGGCCUGAGAGAAAGGGGAAAGGGAGGCAAGACCAUGAGGCACACAGACAUGGGCAGAAGUGACAGGGUGAUGUCUUAUCAUCUGUUGUUUCUAAUAUGUAUUAUUAUUAUUACUAUUAUUAUUGUGUGUGUGUGUGUGCAUGCAUGCACAUGCUUGUGGGCAUAUGUGCAAUGGUGCAAGUGUGCAUGUCAGAGAACAGCUUUGUGGAGAUGAUCCUCUCUUUCCCCUCUUUGUGGGUUCCAGAGAUGGAUCUGAGGUUGACAGGUUUGCAUAGCAAGCACCUGUACUUGCUGAGCCAUGUUGCUAAACCUCAUUCCUUGUUUGUUUGUUGUUGAUAUUGUUUUUGGUCUUUGUUUGCUACAUUGUAAGUGUCACUUUGGGGUUCCUGUUCAAAACAAAGUCUAGCCUUAUCCCAGACUGCUGCAUUGCCUCUUCAAGGGAUAGGCCCAGGGGAUGAGGAGAAGACACUUUUCACUGACCCUCUUCCUAUAUUGUCUGGCUGUCUCCUAUGUUCUCCUUAUUUGGCCUUCCACUUUAUUUACUUACUUAUUUCUGUUGUACUAGAGGUUGGUCCUAGGGUCCUUCACAUGAUAUGUAAGUAAAUACUACCACUUAGUUGUACACCCAGCCCUUUUCUUUCAUCAUUCCUUUCUUUUUUUUCUUCUCCUUAUUCCCUCCUUUCCUUCUUGUCUUUCUCUCUCCCUCCUUUCUUUGAUAUAUCAUCCCAUUCUGUACAAGCUGGUUGGCAAUUUACUCUGUAAUCCAGUGAGUCAUAGCAAUUCCUCUUUUUCAGCCUCCCAGGUGCUUGGAUUACAGUUUUAAGUCACCGGGCCUGGCUCCUCAGCCUACCUCUUUUGAUUUUUUUUUUUUUUUUUUGCGUGUGUGUAACGAGACCUAGUCUCACUGUGUAUCCCAGGACGACCUAGAACUCAGUAUGUAGCCCAAACUUGCCUCUAAUUCACAGAGAUCCACCUGUCUGUGUCAGCUAAGUACUAUGGUUAAAGUCAUGCACCACCAUGCCCAGCUUUGUUUUUGCUUUGUUUUGUUUUGUUUUAUUUUAUUUUAAGAAUUCUUACAAAGUUGUCCAGGCUGGCUUUCAACUUACACUGUAACCUGUGGAGAACUUUUAACUUAAUAACCUCAGGCUUCAGCCUCCACAGUAGUUAGGAUUAUAGACCUACACUAGAAAGUACAGCAGUGUGUGUGUAUGUCAUAUCAUUUCUACAUAUACAUACAUCUGAAUAUAACAUGCUUUCAUCGUCUUCACACUCCCUCUGUUUUCUCACCCCCCUUUUCCUCCCACUGUCUCCCUUUUCUUCUCCCAAAUAACCCCUCUUCUACUUUUAUACUUUUGUAUUUAUCUUAAUGUGACUUAUUUCAUUUGAUAUGAUGCUCUCCAUUUUCACCCAAUUCCUGUAAAUGACAUGAUUUUGUUCUUUAUGAGUGGAUAAUUCUCCGCUGCUUAUAUGUGUGCAUGUGUGCAUGCAUAUGUGUUGUAUUUUCUUUAUCUAUUUUUCAUUGAUGAGUAUCGUGGCUAAUUCCAUAGCUUGCUGGUUACCAACAAUGCUAAGGAAAAUGGCUCUGUGCAUCUUCCAACUCUGGCAACAUUGAUUACCAUACGUUGACUAUGAUAGUCCUGUUUUUAGUUUUUUGAAGGACCUCUAUUCUGUUAUCCAAAGUGCCUACACUAAUUUACACACCCACUAACUCUGUAUAAGGGUUCAUUUUUCAUACAUCCUCACCAACAUUUCUUGUUUAUUUUCUUAAUGAUAACUGGGGUGAUAUGGAUUCUUCAUAUAGUUUUGAUUUGUAUUUCCCAGAUGGAAAUAAGUGUUUGAGUAUGUAGGAAAAUGGAACUUCGACGCAGUAUUGGUGAGAUUGUCAAAUAAUGUGACCACUAUGAAAAACACUGUGGAGAUUCCUCAGGAAUUAAAACUGAAGCUGUCACAAUCCAGUAGUUCUACUUCCUGGCAUAUAUCUAAAAAAUUGAAAGCAAGAGUUCAAAUAUCUUUACACCUAUGUCCAAAGCAGCAUUAUUAAUAGUAGCAAAGAGAUUGAAACUACCCAGAAGUCUCUCAUCAAUGGGUGAAUAGUUAAAUAAAUGUGGUGUAUGUUUGCAGUGGGAAUGUUAUCCAAGUUAAAAAGGAAAUAAAUCCCAUCAUAUGCUAUAACAUAGAUAAGCCUAGAGGACAUCAUGCUGUGUGAAAUAGCCUAGUCACAAAGGGACAAAUACUGUAUAAUUCCAUUUAGAUAUGGUAUGCAAUGUAGACAAAUGAAUAGAAACAGAAAAUAAAGCUGAAGGGAGAAAAGGGGAGUUGUUUGACUCUAGAGUUUUAGAGUUUCAUAAUAAGAUGAGAUCUUCUGUACAACAAUACAAUUAUCAUUAACACAUCAAAAAUGCUAAGAUGGAAAAUUUUGUGCUUUUUAUCACAAGUAAAAUAAAAUAUGAAAGGGGAGGGUAAGUAGAUGAGACAGGUUUGAUUUAAUAUUGAUAAUUGAAUUGCUAAUGACCUGGGUUUGGUUCCCAGCAUGCACAUGGCAGCUCACAACCAUCUAUAACAACAGACUCAGAGGAUCCAACCCCUCUUCUGGUAUCUGUGGUGAGUCCUUGCACGUGGUGCACAGGCAUGCAUGUAGAAAAAAACACCCAUGCAUAUAUAAAUGAAGGUGGCUAAUGAGAAAUUAGCCACUACCACACUACUCUGUCUUCUGGAUGUAACUCUGUAGCCUUUGCUGCCUUCAAAUUUGUGUUCUUGUCCCUAUGUCCUCAGCUAAAUUAUAGACUAGAGCCUGCCAUACCUGGCUUGAAAAAAUUCUCCCCUGUGGCAGGCAAGUACCAUAAAUUCUAGCUCAAGCUCUUGUCAUAGUGUUGAAUUUUGAUGGUCUCAUUGUGCUGCCCAUGUUAACCAUAAACUUGCUCUAUAGCCCAAGCAGGUCUUGAACUUGUGAUCCUCCUGCCCCAGCUCCUAUCUAAAUGGUACUACAGGUCUGUGCCACUAGGCCAGGUAAAAGAAUUUCUUGAAGUGUUUUAAAGAGCUUCUUGGCCUUUGUGAAUACAGCUAAAUUUGAAGCUAGGCUCUACUUUAAAAAAUAAAUUAUCAUUCAUAUAUAAUAAAGUUCACCAUUUCAAAGUGUGUGAGUUGGCACAUUCACAGUUGAGCAACUAUUACUAUUACCUAAUUCUAGGUCACUUUGUAACCUCUAAAGCAAACCCAGCACCCAUUCACAACCACUGUUAACCCUUUUCCUUAGUUCCAGUCAAUCUUUUUUUCCAGCUCAAUAGGUUUAUCUACUCAGGGAAUUUCAUAACUAAUUGGUUUUUGUGCCUGGUUUGUUUCUCUUGCACAAUGUUUUAUUCCUUUUUGUGGGGGUCGUUGCUUUGGUAUUUGGAGACAGACUCUUAAUACCUAGCCCAGGCUCACCUUAAGCCCAUGACCCAGCUACAUCUUCCUGACACCAGGAUUGCAGGUGUGUACUGCCACACUUGCCUUAGCAUGUUUUCAAGAUCCCUUUACAUUGUAGCAUGUAUCCACACUCUAUUCCAUUUUGUGGCUGAAUGAUAGUCUCUUGUAUAGUUUUAUACAUGACACCACAUUUUUAUUAUUUAUUCAUUGUUGGACAUUUUAGGUGUUCUUUCUUUAUGACUAUUCUGAAUAAUGUUAUUAUGACUAUUCAUGUAUCUUUUUAGUACAAUCAUAGAUUUUCAAAUCUUUUUUCUUUAUUUUUUUUAUUCACAUUACAUCCCAUUUGCAGCCCCUCCCUUCUCUCCUCCCAGUCCUGCCCUUACAAAUUCCCCCAUUAUCCCCUCAUCUUCUCCUCAGAGCAGGGGAAGGCCCCUUGGGUACCACCCUAGCUUGGGACAUCUAGUCUCAGCAGGACUAAACACCUCUCCCACUGAGGCCCAGCCAGGCAGUCCAGGUGGGGGAAAGGAGAUCCAAUGGCAGGCAACCGAGUCAGAGACAGCCCUCACUCCAAUUGUUAGGGGAUGUACAUUCAAGACCAAGCUGUACAUCUGCUACAAAUGUGGGGCAGGAGCUAGGUUCAGCCCCUGAAUGCUCUUUGGUUCACUUUUCAGGCUCUGUGUACACCAAUGGGCCCAGGUUAAUUGACUUCGUAAGUUUUCUUGGGUGCCCUCUACCCCUCUGGCUUUUAAGGAUUAAUUUAUUAUUUGUUUUUAUGUGUGCAUCUGUGUGUGUGCACAUGCGUGCAUACACAUGCAUGAAUGCCUGUGUGAGUUUGUGUCCACCAUGUACAGGAACACACUGAGGUUAUUGGCACUUGUGAGUUGCCUUAUAUGGGUUCUAAUAAGUGAACCAACUUCCUCUGCAAGAACAGUAAGAACUCCUGAUUGCUGAGCAUCUUUCAAGGCCCCAUUUUAAUUCUUUUGAGUUAUGUCUUGUAAUAAAUUUACUAGAUCAUGAGAUAAUUGUUUAGUCAUUUGAGGACCUCUUAGACUCUUUUCCACAGAGGCUGCACCAGCUUACGUUUCUACCCUGUCUGUCUGUCUGUCUGUCUGUCUGUCUGUCUAUCUGUCUGUUGCUAUUUUUUGUUUCUUUUGUUUAAUUUUCUUAUCUUUUGAGCUGAGGUUUCAUGUAGCCCAGGCUGGCCUCAAACUUAGUAUGUAGCUGAGGAUGUCCUUUAACUCCAGAUUAUCCUGCAUCUUACCCCCAAAUACUUAGAUUAUAGCAGUUUAUGGCUGACUCCAUUUUUUUUUAAUCUUACUAUAUAGUCAGGUCAGCCUUGAACUUAUGAUUCUACUGCUCUAACCUCUUGAGUACUAGUAUUACAAGUAUGUGCUACAACAUCCAGCUUGAGGAUUCCAGUUUCUCUACUUUCUUGCCAAGACUCAUUUUUCAAAUUACAGUUAUCCUAGUGGAAGCUAACUCACUUCUCCUUAUGAUUUUGAUUGGCAGAAAGUAGGUGUCUGUGGGUUCCCAACCUAAGUUGGAUCAUCUACAGCAUAGCCUUUACAGCUGAGGCUCAGGGAAUACCAUGAAAAAGGGGCAGAAAGAUGGUAAAUCAGAUGACCAGGAUACCUGCUAUUAGAGUAUCUUUCUCAACAUGAUACAGAAGUUGCACCUGUAAGACCUCAACAAUGUGGUUUCUUUUUCUUUUUUCUCUUCCAUUUUUAUUAAAUGAGUAUUUCUUAUUUAAAUUUCAAAUGUUAUUCCCUUUCCUGGCUUCCUGUCCAUCAGCCCCCUGAUCCCUCCCCUUCCCCUUCUAUAUGGGUGUUCCCCUCCCCAUCCUCACCCCAUUACCACCCUCCCCCCAAGAAUCCCAUUCACUGGGGUUCCAACCUUGGCAGGACCAAGGGCUUCCCUUCCACUGGUGCCCCAACAAGGCUAUUCACUGCUACCUAUGUGGUUGGAGGCCAGGGUCAGUCCAUGUAUUGUCUUUGGGUAGUGGUUUAGUCCCUGGGAGUGCUGGUUGGUUGGCAACAAUGUGGUUUCUUAAACAGGACCCAUAUAAUGUUGCCAGUCAACAUGCCAAUGUGGACAGGUAAAGUUUCGCCCUGCCCUUAGUUGAAGAGUGGGAAGUAAUUAAUAGGUACUGAGAAAGAGAGACUCAGUCUUCUCUAGAGAUGAAUUUACAGUUUAUCUAAUCCCAAGUGGUCUGCCCUAAAUGCAUACACAGUCAAUGCUAAAUGUUCUUAAAAGAUGUGAGAGACAGAAAGAGGGAGAGAAAAAAAGAAAGGGAAAGAGGGAGGUGGGGGGUGGCAUAGUAGAGAGAGAAUUUGGGACAAUUUCAAGUGUUCUGUUGGAGAUUUCAGAACAUAGCCUAACAAAUGAGUAAAAAUUACUGUAAUAAGCUGGAUUUGGUGCACUGCCUUUAGAGGCAGGUGGAUCGCUGAGUUUGAGGCCAGCCUGGUCCCAAAGAGCAAAUUCCAAGAUACCCAAGAUUCAUAGAAAAUUCCUGUCUUGGAAAAAUGUUUGGCAAGGCCUUAAGUAGAGAGAUUGGAACACCAACCCAGUUACAAAACCUUUGGCCUACAAUUUUUCUUGCCUGGUGAGUGUUCUAGGAUAGGAGCCUAGCAUAAUUUUUAUCAAGAGACUUUAUCCAGCAACUGAUGGGAGCAGAUGCAGAGUCCCACAGCCAAACAUAAGGAAGAGCUUGGGGAGUCCUGCACAGGAGGGGAAGGAAGAAUCAAAGUAACUCGAGAGGUCAGGGAUAUCACAAGAACAAGGGCCACAGAAUCAACUUGACCCCGGGACUAAAGUGGGAUCACAGAUAUCAUGGGUCUUACUUAGGUCCUCUGCAUAUAUAUUAUGGUUGUGUAGCUUGGUGUUCUUAUGGGAUUCCUAACAAUGGGAGCCAAGGCUGUCUCUGACUCUCUUGCCUGCUUGUGGGAUCCUUUGCCUCCUACUGGGUUGCUUCCUUCAGCCUUGACAUGAGAACAUGUGCCUGGCCUUAUUGUAUCUUGUUGUAUUGUAUUCAGUUGAUGUCCCUGGGAGGCCUGUUCUUUUCUGAGGGGACGUGGAGGGGAGUUGGAUUUUGGGGAAAGAGGAGAUGGGGGCAGGGAAAAGAGACUAGGGGGAAGAAGGGAGGGAAAAUUGUAGUUGGGAUGUAAUAUAUGAGAAAUGAAUAAAAAAAUCACAUUCAUGAAGUUGACUAAAUAGAAAGUUCUCUCAAAGUAUUUGUAGAGAUUUAGGAACAUAAUACAAAAGGAAUAAGUUGUGUGAAUUUUAAGAUAUAAAAUUCUGCUUCAUUGUAAAAUAUAAUUAUUUUGAAAUAGAAGAUUACUGUAAUAAUGUCUCAUGUUAUUGAAAGUUUAGUAUGGAGGAGAUAUAUUUGAAACAGGGCCUAGAACAUAGUACAUAAUUAAUUAAUAAUUAGUAUUGCUUUGCUGCCUGAGAUGUAAUCUUGGCAGACAUCUGCUUAGAAGUCAAAUGCUGGGGCUGGGGAUUUAGCUCAGUGGUAGAGUGCUUACCUAGGAAGCACAAGGCCCUGGGUUCGGUCCCCAGCUCCGAAAAAAAGAACCAAAAAAAAAAAAAAAAAAAAAGAAGUCAAAUGCUGAG